GCCUUCCCGACUGUUCCUGCGAAGCUCCCGGCCCUUCCCUCCCAUCCCCCACCGACGAAGGUGGAACUGCAGGUCCGGCGGACGGCGGUCCGGCGCGCCUCCAAGUCCGUGGAGGGCUCUGCCUGAAAAGGCAUGACCUUUGCCUUCCUAUUGGGAAGGUGAGCAGCAACCAAGCAUGGCUUCAAGGGCGAUCAUUAGGAGAAGAAAGUAUCUCUUAGAUCAUGUUAACAGACCUAUCCUCUCGUCUUGCUCCUCUUCAUUCCAGCAUGGAACAUUUGGUCUCAAUGCUGAGUCAAGAAUCGGACAGCAAUUUCUUGAGCAAAGCUUAGGGGCCUCAAAGUCUGAGAAGGAGAAGGAGCAGUAUAGUGUCAAUUUGGCCAAGGGGGGUCUUCUAGGCUCUGAUAAUGGGCUUCUGCGCCGUCCAGCUCAUGUGAUUUCUCUCUAUGGUUAUGGAAUUGGAAGGAAUGAAUUUGCACUGCCUUUGGGAGCUAAAGGUUUGUUGCAGUCAGUUCGCAGAGCAUCAACUGCUACUGCUGGGCAACCUAAGUUGGAUACUGAAGAACAGAGUGAUGACCAAAACCAGAAUAAAAGGAAAAAGGAGGCAUCCCCAGAAGAAUGUGAUCAGGCUGUGGAAGGCCUAAGCACGGCAAAAGCUAAAGCCAAAGCCAAGCAGGUGCAAGAUUUGCUAAAGGCUGACCAGUCAAUCGUAAAAAAAUUCUGGGCAAGGCUUCUGGGUAUCGGCCCGGCUCUUCGAGCUGUUGCUUCAAUGAGCAGAGCUGAUUGGGCUACAAAACUGAAGCAUGGGAAAGACGAAUUCAUUUCCACACUGCAGCAUUACUGGCUAGGAACAAAGCUACUCUGGGCAGACGUUAGGAUUUCAUCAAGAUUGCUGGUGAAACUUGCUGGUGGGAAAAGUCUUUCUAGAAGAGAGAGGCAGCAGCUCACCCGUACAACAGCAGAUAUCUUCAGGCUGGUACCUGUUGCUGUGUUCAUUGUUGUCCCAUUCAUGGAAUUUCUACUGCCAGUGUUUCUUAAGUUGUUUCCAAAUAUGCUGCCAUCAACUUUCCAAGACAAGAUGAAAGAAGAGGAAGCAUUGAAAAGGAAACUAAAAGCAAGGAUGGAGUAUGCAAAGUUUUUGCAAGAUACUGCAAAAGAAAUGGCAAAGGAAGUUCAAACAUCACGUAGUGGAGAAACAAAACAGACAGCUGAAGAUCUGGACGAAUUUUUAAACAAGGUAAGGAAAGGUGAACGUGUAUCCAAUGAUGAGAUCUUGGGCUUCGCCAAGUUAUUUAACGAUGAACUGACUUUGGAUAACAUGAACAGAGCGCGCUUGGUAAAUAUGUGCAAGUAUAUGGGUAUUCGACCUUUUGGUACAGACCAUUACUUGAGGUUCAUGCUUCGCAAAAAGCUACGAGACAUUAAGAACGAUGAUAAAAUGAUUCAAGCGGAGGGUGUUGAGUCUCUUUCUGAAGAGGAGCUCCGGCAAGCCUGCCGUGACCGUGGUCACCUUGGUCUGCGGUCAACAGAAGAAAUGCGUCAACAGCUACGAGACUGGUUGGAUCUCUCACUUAAUCGUGCUGUGCCAUCUUCCCUUCUCAUACUUUCAAGAGCUUUUACCCUGUCUGGGAGAAUGAAACCUGAGGACGCUGUUGUAGCAACAUUGUCUUCUUUACCAGAUGAAGUUGUGGAUACAAUUGGGACAGUAUUGCCAUCUGAAGAUUCAGUUUCUGAGAGGAGGAGAAAACUGGAAUUCCUUGAGAUGCAGGAAGAACUUAUCAAGGAGGAAGAGAAGAAGAAAGAGAAAGAAGAGAAGGAAAAACAAAAGAAGGAAGAGAAGGCAAAUCUCAAAGAACCAGAGGCUGCUGAAGAAGAUUUGGCUUUAAAGGAAAUGACUGAGCCUACUGCUAGGGAAGAAGAAGAACUCAGAGAAUCUAAACAUGACAAGGAACAGCUCUGUAAUAUCAGUCGGGCAUUGGCUGUGCUAGCAUCUGCAUCGUCUGUCAGCAAGGAGCGUCAAGAGUUCCUGAGCCUUGUCAACAAGGAGAUAAAUCUGUAUAACUCCAUGCUUGAAAAAGAAGGCACAGAGGGUGAAGAAGAAGCUAAAAAGGCAUAUAAGGCUGCUCGAGAGGAGUCAGAUGACGCUGCAGAGGUUGCUGCAGAAGAAAAGGUCUCAUCAGCGCUGAUUGACAAGGUUGAUGCUAUGCUUCAGGAACUAGAAAAGGAGAUCGAUGAUGUGGAUGCACAAAUCGGGAACCGCUGGCAACUGCUUGAUAGGGAUCAUGAUGGCAAAGUGACUCCUGAGGAAGUAGCAGCAGCUGCGGCUUAUCUCAAGGACACCAUAGGGAAGGAAGGCGUCCAAGAGCUUAUCAGCAACCUUUCUAAAGACAAAGAAGGGAAGAUCCGUGUGGAAGACAUCGUGAAGCUGGCAUCUCAAACAGAGGAAAACAAUGAAGAUGAAGAGGAAUCACGGCAUUAGUUGAAAAUGCGCUUGAAGACAUUUUUUUGCGUGUUGAGAGGUGCAACUAUCAUUUCAGUCCAGGCAGGACCUUCUGAGUAUCUCAAUACUCCAUUGCCAUGUGUAUAGAUCAAAAGACAAGACGGCCAUUUUUUUGUGCCACUUUGGGUUUACUCCGGUAGAGCGACUAGUUACGAUAACUUGCUGCGAAGAUGAUGACAUGCAUAUACUUAGGCUCUGGUCUCGUGGAUUGGCAGGUAAACUGCAACCGAGAUUUCAACUGGUUGCUAUGGAAGAGGAAAUACAGUGCGGUUGAACCUUGGAGUUGGGAUGCUACCCAACAACCUAUGAACUUUAAAUCUAUUUCAACUUCUGAGGCUCCUGAUUUAA